AUGGCAAAUAAUUGCAUUUCAACAUACAAAUUCAAACCGUUUCAUUUCACUGUAUUAAGGAAAGAAUGUGAUCCAGCGCAAGGUUCAAUAUUUAUAUAUGGACAUCAAGUGGUGUGCAAUAAUAAUGCCUAUUUAUUAUCGUUUCAAACUUUCAAUGUUCGGACAAAUGAUGCUCCUGGUCAAAGAGUUAUGCGUCAGAUUUGGAAGUAUAGUUUGGAUUCAGGUGAAUGGAUAAUUGUGAAUUGUAAAAAUGUUCCUCAGGAAUUAGUUACUAGUUAUAAAAUAGUUACACUACCUGGUGACAUAAUUAUUAUAUAUGGAGGUAUUGGAGUUCCAUCUGGAGGAAUUUGUAGAAACCGCAUAUACUUGGCAAAUUUAGCCAAUGAAUAUAAAGAAAAUGGAAUGAGCUUUAUAGAUUUAGAAGAGUCUGGAGAUGUUCCGUUCAAAUUAUGUGGACUAGGUGUUGUAAUGGAUGGUAAAUAUAUUUAUACAAUUAGUAACACAACCGGUCCCAAAAAUGAUAUGGAUGUUCAUCGAUUUGAUCUGAGUACAAGAAAAUGGGAGUUGUUAUAUAAGACAAUAAGGGAAGAUCAUGACCCUACACCUAUACAUGAACAUAAAGUUGUAUUCUUCAAGGGCAGAAUAUACAUAUUCGGUAGCAAGAUACGUGAUGCUGAUAAUAAUUCUAUUCACUAUGAUUUUUCGAAAAUCCAUAUGUUUGAUGUGGAUACCAAACAGUGGCAAUUACUUUCGGCCAAACACGACCACAGGGUGUCAGAACCUGGAUGUCCGAAGACCAGAUACUGGCAUAGCUGUGUCCAAUGUCCUGAGAAAUCCAAUUUGGUGUAUUUAUGUGGUGGUCUUGGUGAUUUCCAAACCUUCAAUGACGUUUGGCGUAUUGAUAUUGACACUAUGCAAUGGGAAAAGCUUACCAAUUGUAUAAUGCCUCUUCCAGUAUACUUGCACUCAACUGCUGUAACGCCUUCUGGUCGUAUAUGUUGUUAUGGAGGCAUAGUUACUGAACGUAGUGAUUUAGAUGCACGUACCCAUUCAAAUGAUAUUACUAGUGCAUGGAUUACGAUACCCAAAUUGAAAGUUAUAUGUUGGGAAGCAAUGAUUCACUAUUUCAAAGAACAGAUGUUUAAGUCUAGUGAUGAGUGUCUAAAGAAAAUUGGUAUACCUCAAGAAUUCUAUGAACGAAUAAUUGAAGCUCGUAGAAUUUGUUAA